AUGACUAAUGAUGCUCUUCUCUUAGAUGCAAUAAUUUAUCUUAAUGUGAUCUCAUUCAGCGACGGCAGAACAGAAGAAUAUAAGAAGGAAAUUGGAAUUGAGGGUGAGAAGAAGGGAGAGAUGGAAAGUGUGUGUGUGACAGGAGCAGGAGGGUUCAUUGCCUCCUGGCUUGUCAAGAUGCUCUUGAGCAGAGGCUACACUGUAAAAGGAACAGUCCGCGAUCCUGAUGAUAAAAAGCAUAAGCAUCUGAAAGAGUUGGAAGGAGCAGAAGAGAGGCUUGAGCUUGUGAAGGCUGAUAUUCUGGACAAUGACAGUUUGAUAGCAGCAAUCAGAGGGUGCAAAGGGGUCUUUCACACAGCUUGCCCUAUCAUUGAAGAUCCGGUGCAAGUAGUUGAGGCCGCUGUGCAGGGCACUGUAAAUGUAUUGAAGGCCAGCAAAGAAGAGGGAGUGAAGCGUGUGAUACUUACGUCCACCAUUGGUGCCAUUUACCUUGACCCCAACAGGAAUCCGCAACCCAUUGUCGAUGAAGACUGCUGGAGCGACCUUGAUUACUGCAUUCAAACCAAGAAUUGGUAUUGCUAUGCAAAGACAGUGGCAGAGAAAGCUGCGUGUACUUAUGCAGAAGAGGUGGGUAUGGAGUUGAUAAGGAUUAAUCCCAGUAUUGUGUUGGGUCCUCUGCUCCAGCCCACUAUGAAUGCCAGCACUGCUCAUGUUUUGAAAUACUUAACUGGGUCGGCGAAGACAUAUGUUAAUGCAACUCAGGUUUACGUGGAUGUGAGAGAUGUGGCGAGAGCGCAUAUACUGCUCUAUGAAACACCUUCUGCCUCUGGUCGAUAUCUUUGUGCAGAAAGAAGCUUGCACAGAGAAGAGCUUGUGGAUAUGCUAGCACAAAUGUUCCCACAAUACCCACUUCCUACCAAGUGUUCGGAUGAGGUAAAUCCAAGGAAAGUGGGAUACAAAUUCAGCAAUCAAAAGCUAAAGGAAUUGGGUCUCUCAUUUACUCUCAUAAAACAGUGUUUGGCUGACACAGUAGGCAGUCUGAGGGACAAGGGCUUUCUUCCCUAGCUAUAUGAGAUCAGUAUUAAGCCAUAUCAUUCAAGAAAAUCAAAUCUUGUUGCCCUGGACACUAUUCUCACGUUUUUUAAGAGUUGGAUUCAACAUUGCAAAUUAGUAUGCAUUUCAAAGAUUUUUUUUUUCGAUAUAUUUAUGAUGUUGGAGUCUUGCAUUUAACAAGACUUCAUUUUUUUAUGGGCUCUUCAUUCUUGAUGGGCUCAUGAGGACCUUUUAAUUUCA